UAUUUGCAAAUCUUCUAAUGGCGCUAAUCAAAGCUAAUGGCGCCGUUGGAAACCUUAUUCAUAUCGAACAAAACGAAGAAAAUCAAGUUACUCGCAUAUGGCUAGUUUUUCCAGAUAAAAACACUGGUACAGUGGCUAGAAGAAAAGUCGCUGCCUUUGUUGCAGAACAUAAUAUCGAUAAACGUGCUGUGCCUAUUGUGCGUCGAACUUCAACAAUAUCACUCAAUAAUAAUAAAACUAUUGUGGGAAAAAGAAAUCAUUUUCCAUUGAUAUCAGGAUGUGCUAUGACUAUUCAUAAGUUUCAAGGAGGUACUUAUGACGAGGUGGUGUAUGAGUAUAGUAAAAGUCAUAGUAUUCCAUUACUUUACGUAGCUUUAACACGAGUAACAAGUGCUGAAGGGUUGUUUAUAUGUAACAGUACGGAUGAUUUAAGAUUUUAUCAUGGAAGGAGAGUUGAUCCAUCAGUUUCCAGCUUACAGCACGAAUUUGAAAGAUUAUCUUUAAACAGACUUACUACAUUGCAAGGAUUGAUCACUGAUUUUAUGAACUCCAGAAAUAAAUUAACCAUAUACACUUUAAACUGUCAAAGUCUCAGAAAAUAUGCUGCUGAUUUACAAGAUUCUAUUUGCAGAAAUAGUAACUUUUUGUUACUAACUGAAACAUGGUGUCCUGCAAACGAAGCAGUUGACUUAUGUAACUUUCAUUGUAUUGCAAAAUUUAAACGACAAAAUGUUAGAGCCGCUGGAGUUCAAAAUGCUACAGAAGUUCAUGUUUCCCAAACAUCUAUUGGUGAUAUGUGUGCUUCACAUGUUAAACUAGAAGACGGAAGUGAAUUAAUUAUGAUUGUAGUAAACAUUUCACCUAAUAACAAAAUGGAUCAUAUAAUUUCAUUUUUACAUGAAAGCUGGAGAUUUUAAUGUAAAUUUUGCAAGAGCUGAAUCAAUGCCAUUAAUGACAUUUCUUCAAAAAGAAUUUCAAUUGCAAAUCAACAACAAUCCAAGAGAAUCUACUACCAAAUAUGGAACAACAAUAGAUGCUGUAUUUGUGGGAUAUCUUGAUAAUGUUUCAUCCAAUACUUUUGUAACGUACUUUAGUUAUCAUCGACCAAUCGUCACAGUAAUACCAGCAGAGGAAACAUCGAAUAUAACUAUUACUGAAGUCACAGAUGAAAAUAUUUAAAUUGUGGCCACUUGAUAUUAAUAUCGAAUUUUUAUAUCACAUGUAAAUAAAUGUUUAUUAA